AUGCAUGAUGCAGGUGUCCGGAAAUGUCCUGGGCGUUUGCGUGUGGAAUUCCGAUGGGAGUCUCUGACGGAAGAGGCAGCUUACGCACUAGUCGAAAAAAUGUGUGACAUGUUGGGCCUCGCAGUUCUGCAAGAGCCGGCAACGUCGUUGUCACAUCCUGGGCAUUCUGACUAUCGGACAAGACUCCGUGCUGAGAUCAGACAACCUGCUCUUCAGCUAAGCCUCAGGCGCGCGGGCUCUGACAACAGCACAAGUUAUGAGAAGUUCACUAAGAAGUGUGGCCUGACUCGCGUCGAUGGCUUGAAGGUCAGCGAGGGCUCAUGA